AUGACGGUGAUAUAUCAUGUGUUAGACCAGCACGCGCAAGUCAAGGACGAAUUCGCAGAAGAAAAUAAGAUCGAGAGUGGCAUCCGCCGAAAGGGGUUUUCGAGAUGGCAGUCCUGGGGAGUUACCAUCACCGCAGGAGCAACAACAGCCGCCAUCGUGCUCACCAUCAAUAUAUGGGUCUUCACCUACGUUGCGCUCCAGUUCAAGAUCGAGGAUGGAAUUGCGACGAUAUAUAGAGGAACAUGCACCGUCACUUCCAACAUUUCCACUUACGGUCACCUGCUCAUUAAUAUCCUCGGCACCCUUCUUUUGGGUGCAAGCAAUGCUGGUGCUCAGCUCCUCUCAGCCCCAACACGAUCCGACGUAGCCCGCGCGCACUCCAAAAAUCGAUGGAUGGACAUUGGAGUUCCCAGUCUUCGCGGCUUACGCACAAUACCGCGAUGGAGGAGAUCCGGAUGGGUUGUUCUCAUGAUGAGUUCGAUUCCUUUGCAUCUGCUGUACAACUCUGUCCUGUUCACAACAUCCGCCAGGCACGACUACGUAGCUUCGCUAGUUGCACCCGACUUUUUCGAGACAUCGCGGGGUUUCGAUGAUAUGAAGAUACCAGAAGAAAUUAAGGGAAGUACAUCAUUCCCAGACGAAAGCGUCGUAGACGCCUUCUGGACCACCAGGAAUCUAGCUCUACAGGGUAAUUUGACACGACUGAGCAAACGAGAGUGUCUGAUUGCGUAUGGCGCCACAAACGCCGCCGAGAGCGAUAAAGAAAACCUGUUGGUUGUGACAAAGCCAAUAAACGAUGUUGAAUUUGGCACACUUAUCCAGGGAAAUAAAACGUUCGCUGUGCUGCCACUGCUAGAUCUGUUCAUACACAAGGCCGAGGACCAAUUUAAUGACUUGGACUGGAGAUGCGGAGGGUCUCUUGGUUCGGGAAACGCUAUAAACACCACGUGCGGGGAGCAUAAAUUGGUGCCUGCUUAUAAGGAUGAUGCGGGGGAGUGGCCCAUAAGGACAUACCUGUACCAGUGCAACGAUGGGUGGAGAACUAUUCCAGAUUGCAUAAAGGAAAACUGGUCUAGCUGCGUCUCACCCUGGAUUGAUCGUUGCAAUAUGACCAGAACCACGGUAGAGGUGGACUAUUGUCUUGCGGCGCAGAGUCCAGGAAAAUGCACUGCGAAGGUCAGCCUAUCGCUUCUAGCGGUAGUGAUGGGUUGCAACGUGGUGAAGGUUCUGGUACUUUGUGCCAUGGCAGGCAUGAACCUCAAGUCCUUCAAACCUCUGGUCACGAUAGGCGAUGCAGUAAAAUAUUUCCUGGAAGAGCCAGAGGAUUCCGCGAAGGGUCGUGGUCCAAUCAGUGUGAUGGACGUUGUUGCUCCGGGGAGAACGCCCACAACCUGGCAAAGGCCUGGGGUUCGCAUUGUUCAUGUCCCAAUUCAAGAUGAAGGUGGUGGCGCCGGAGCGGUCUCUCGAACGGGCGAGGUAGGCACUUCAAGAUCGAAGCCGGCUCCAUUCAUUCAAGAGAGCGACCACUGGUGGCGUACCCCAAGCGUCGGACUCUUCAGUCCCUGGAAGAUCUGCCUAUUUCUCUGUGUCAUCAUGUGGCUCGUCGCCGCGUGUAUGAUUGCAGUGGCAUUCUUAGAUGAUGGGAUAUCAUCAGAGUCAAAGCUGAACUUCAAGGACUUCAACUUCAGCUCACUGGUCGGUCUACCGGAAAGUGCAUCACUUUCGCUCUACAUCAUCGUCCCCAAUAUUCCUCAACUGCUUGUCAGCUUCGCUUAUGUCUUCUACAACAACUCUCUUACAUGCAUGCUUCUCACAUACGAAACGACGCAAUUUGCCACCAAACGGAAGUUCCUGCGCGUGAGCGACCCAGAGGGCCAACAGAAGAGCACAUACUGGUUGCAACUUCCGUACCAAUACAGCAUCCCGCUUCUAUCCACGAUGGCAUUGCUGCACUGGUUGAUCUCACGAAGCCUUUUCUUCAAAGCGGUGGAAUACUAUGACCCUGCGGGAGAAAUGAGCGAGGAGUCAUACACGGCUUGCGCGUUUUCGCCCUUGGCUCUGAUCUUGUCAUGCUCGUUAGGAGCUCUCCUCAUCCUGGUCUUCUGUGCGCUAUCCUUGAGAAAGGUGCAUCGAGGAAUGCCGCUGAUGGGCUCUUGUUCGAUCGCGAUCAGUGCUGCUUGUGCGAAUUGUGGCGAAGGAGGGGAGGCAGCAAUGAAAGCGUUGAUGUAUGGUGUUUUGACAACCGGAACAGACGAGCAGCAGCAAGGAACGAAGCGUGUUGGAUUCUCCCAAUACGAGGUUGAGCCUCUCCAGGGAAGGACCAAGUAUCUGUGA